ACAAAACAAUUAUUAAAAAAUCUUUGUAGGGUUAACUUGCUCUAUCGGUUCCAAUAUUUUAGAAGCUAUUAGGAAGAGUUAAAACUUUCACGUAGUAUGGAAGGACAUGUUAACCUAAUCACAAGAGGUUGGAUUCUUUAAGAAUUCGCAAAAUGGAUAAUAUUGCACAGGGAAACCGCGGUCCUUCGCCGUAUGAGCUAUCUGAUACUAGACAUGGAGAUCAGAAACUUGCAGCAAACUCAGAUGUAGUCACAUAUUCUACGAAACCUCUACUGGAUACUGAUGUUAUAGCAGAAGAAGACACCAGUAAUACAAGAAUGGAGUCUCCAAUAAAGCAGAAACCGACAAAGAAAAGUGUCCUUGUGACAAGAAAUAAAACUGAGUUAUUGACUAAACGACCUGCAAGUGCGCUCAGUCUACAAAGUAACAGUGAAGAAGGAAAGACCACUAGACCAUUGGUUUCCAGGCAGGGAUCAAGAAUACAACAAGGAUCUAGAAUGCAAAUCUUGGAAGAAGAAGAAAUAUAUACAACAAAAAACGUUCUGAAAAGUCAGAUACAAAACGACAAUGAUGUUUCAACAUUACGGGACAUGAUAGAAUAUGCUAGAAAAGUAUUAAACAGUCACAGAGAAAAAGUUUCGUCGUACGAGAAAGAAAGAAAGUCACGCGCAUUUGAUGCUGCUAUGCAAGUUGUACAGGCGCACAAGACAGUGUUACUUACAGGAAAACUAGGUAGUGGUAAAACCCAUACUGCCCUUAACAUAAUGAAUAAUCUCAUUGAUGCACACCCAAACUUCCACCCAGUUAUUGCUUGUUCUCCAUAUGAUAUAACAGUGCUGGAAAACAGUUCAACAGACGUUGUCGUUUUGCUAGACGACUGCCUAGGUUUGAACAACAACCAUGUUGGCGGGUGGAGACGAACUGAAAAAUUGACGAAGGCGUUACUAGAAAGAAAACAGGCAUUCUUCAUUCUAACAGCUGAAAACUGUGUUUUCGAUUGUGCAAUGGACGUAGAAAAUGGUCCAGGCAUCCCAUUCAUAAGGGGAAUAACUCGCAUUGACUUGGAAUCAGAUGCGUUUAGACUAACGGCAAAGGAACAAGUUAGCCUGAUACCAAAUAUUAGCCAAAAUAAGCAAAAACUAUAUAGCAUUAAAGACAGUCUGUAUGAUAUAUGUUCAGAGUUUGAUAACCAGUUUGUUGGAUUUCCAAUUGUUUGUAGUUUUAUGGGAUCUAGAGAUAUAGAAACAUUGUUUAAAGAUCCCUUUAAGAAUAUAUCAGAGUUAAUUUCGGAGAUACGUGAAAACAAUUUCGCUGCAUAUACUGGUCUGUUGCUCAUGUUAUUACUUGAAAAUGGAUUUAAAAUUGCUGGCCUUCCCAACACUGAUAAAACAGUGUUUUUGAAACUUUUGGAACUUUUCAAACAUGCAAAAUGCACUUAUGCAGACGUUUUAGAUUCAUUUGAAACACUGGCUGAAUUGAAUUUGGUUGUAAAGGAUGCAAGUAGAUUGUACUAUACAUUCAAACACCGUCUUGUUUAUAUGGCAGUUUUACGUGACAUAACUCGUUGUAAAUUUGAUGACAUCUUAGAUCUUCUUCCUGUCCAUGCAGUUAACUCUAUCACGUUUAAGGUACCAAACCACGAACAAACAGAGGAGGAUAGAAAUGCUCACAACGAUAUUAAAGUAACAAUUAAUCUAUUGCAGUCUCACCUUAAUGUAAUAGCAUCAAAAUUCAGUUCAGCAAUAGAAUCAAAAAAGGCAUCUGUCUUUAAAGAUGUUGCGUCAUCUCAUAUGUGGAGAAAUGAGCAGUUUGCAGAAAAAGUGAUGUCAACGAUUGGUCCCCAGUUUUUCUUCCAAGAAGACAUGACAACGACUCCUCUAUCAGUUUAUCUGAUAAGAUGUGGACAAUAUGAUCUGCUGUGCAACGUAUACACAGCUGUCACACAAACUGGUAUUGCUAUGGAGUUUCAAAGCCAAUUAGCUAGAACGAUUGAAGAGGCAAUUCGUGAUAGAAACAAGUCUUUAUUGACAAGGUAUUCAAAACUGUAUGCCGGAAACGAAAGUAGUAUUGUUCAAGCCGCCAUCGAUACUGGGGACACAGAACUAUUUACAAUAGUUUUAAAUCCAGCUGGUCCGUUUCGAAACUCAAUGGCAGCUAUUGUGCCGUCAGCGUGUGCUUCUGCUAACACCGAUAUAGUUAAGUAUCUGCUGACUCAGUUGGGCCAAGACCUUGUCACAGCAUUACUUCGUAAGAAAGAUUCGGAAGGACGUACUUUACUACAUUUUGCGGCCAAAGGUGGAAGUGUAGAAAUAUUUGAUUUUCUACUUGACCUAGGUCUUGAUCUUAAGGCUCAGACAAAACUAGACGUGACAGUUUUAGACAUAGCAGCAAUCCACGGAAGAUUAAACCUUGUGAAACAUAUAGUUUCACUUGUUCCAGACAUGGUUGAGGUAACCGACCACCAUGGAUUCACUGUUGCACAUUAUGCAGCUAGAGAAGGAAAUUUUGACAUCCUAAAACAUGUUGUUACACACGGAGCAAGUGCCACAUUAAAGGUGCAGGGUGGAAAUACAAUAUUUCAUUUGGCUGCCUUCAAUGGCCACGUUUCGAUUCUUGACUACCUAAUGGACACCUACCCAGGAAUUAUUACUAUACAAAAUGACGAUUCGUUUUUACCAGUUCACCUCUCUGCAAAGAGUGGACAAACGGAAACAGUUGAUUUCUUCUUCAGGAGAGGUACAGAUAAAAAUAUCCGAACAAUCGAUGGGCGAUCUUUGUUGCAUAUUGCCGCGUUUAAUGGCAAUUUUCAACUUGUUCGUCAUCUUUGUACUAAGUAUCCGGAAUGUAUUAAGUAUGUAGAUAAUGAUGGUAAUACCCCUGCACACGAUGCUGCAGCUAGUGGAAAUAUCAAGACGUUGGAAUAUCUAUUAGACAAUCAUAUCGAUCCACAUAUUUGCAGCAGAGAUGGUUGUACACUUCUGCAUGAAGCUUGCUACUACUGCCGAAAUGAAGUAAUGAAAUAUCUUGCUACUAAUUUUCCAAAAAUGCUUCAUUCCCGAAGUAAUAAUGGCUACUCAUGCUGCCAUGCUGCUGCCCUGGGUGGAUCUGUAGAAAUUUUAGAUUUUCUGAUACGAAGCGGAGCUGAUCCUGCAGCUUUGUCUGAAGACGGAAGUACAAUUUUACACGAGGCAGCAUUUAGUGGCAAGCUUAAUAUGGUGAAGUAUAUAAGCGAUCACUGCCCAGAGAUGUUCGAGAUAGUAAACGUUCGGUCUUAUUUGGCUAUUCACUUUGCAGCACAAGAGGGCCAUUUAGAUAUUUUAAUCCACAUUCUAUCCAUAAGAGAGGGUUCUAUUCCUACUACGAACGAAAACCAGACUAUUCUCCAUAUAGCAGCUUACAAUGGCCGAAUGAACAUCGUGAAAUACAUUUGUGACAAACAUGCUGAUAUAGUGUGUAUGAAGGACGCAAAUGCAGCUCUUGCUACACACUAUGCUGCAAGGGGAGGAUUCAUGGAAGUUCUAGACUAUCUACUGUCCAAAGGACAAGAUCCUUUUGCUACAACGACGUCAGGAAGUACAAUUCUUCAUCUUGCUGCAUUUGAUGGAAAGUUAGAUGCAGUGAAACAUAUAUGCAAUAAAUAUCCUGAACUGCUUCAUAAACUUGAUAAUACCGGACACGAUGUCGCUCAUUAUGGUGCAGGUAGUGGAAAUCUGGACCUUCUUAAGUUUGUCAUAGAGCAAGGUCUAGAACCUUUGGCAGUUACCUCUAAUGGUAGCACUUUAUUGUUAAAGGCUGCAGUUGCAGGGAAAUUAGAAAUGGUAAAAUUCAUAUGUUCCUCGUACCCAGACAUGAUCAAAAUUUGCGAUGAAUUUGGUUGCAACGCUUUACAUUACUCAGUGUGUGGAGGUUACAUUGAUGUCUUGCAAUAUCUUUGUACAUUGGGCCUUGAUCCUAUGACGAAGACGAAUGACGGUCACACGCUCCUACAUAUCGCCUCAUAUCAUGGUCAACUGGAAAUGGUUAUUUUCUUAUGUCAAGAAUAUCCUGACCUUCGUAAUGUAACCGAUGGAUUGGGACAGACACCAGACAAAUUUGCCCAACUAGGAGAACAGUAUGAAGUUUUGAAAUACUUCAAAAAAGAUAAACGGAAAAGUGGAGUAGCACAAACUGUUGUUGAACGAUUACCAGUGUGCGGGGAUGGUUGCUGCGGAUCAGUUUACUCCGUCUUUGGGAGAUUCGUGGGAAUAAUUUGUUUUUGCAGGAGAAAUAAGUGAAUGUCAUCUUUUGUCUAAUUAUGCACAAGAUUACUGAUUAUUUACUCUGAUAUUAUUUAAUGUAAUAUCAACUCUGGAAGUCGGAAAUGACGGAAUCAAAGACACAAGAAUUUUUAAUGCUUGCACGCAAGUCCAAAAACAGAUUGCACAUUUAACAUACUAUCACCACGAUCGAUGUGUAUUGAAUAAACAAGUCGUUAGGCAUGCAUUAUGUUGUAAUUAGACUCUGCAUUGUUCUGUAAUUUAUGAAAUAGUCCAAAAUACAUGUAGUAUGACUGAAAAUCGUUAAACAUCAUAUAAUGUAGCACAGUACAAAAUUGACAAGACAGAUGAUUGAAAAUCGUUUAAUGUCAUAUAGUGUAACUAAGUGCAGAAUGGAGCACUGUCGGGUAUACAGAUCAUUGAUUGUUUAUAUCGAUUUACUAUUUACCUAAUCAUAGUUAUGGGUAAUUACUUAAUUAUAUCGCAAGGACUAAUGUUUUCAGACAAUAUCGUCUUUCACAAAACAAAACGAGCAAUGGCAUUUCAUUGUUAAUGUUAACCACUUUAUACAGUUGAAACUAUUCAGUAUUAUCAUUCUAGUUUAGAUUAUGUAAUGUUUAUAUGUUCUGGUUUUUAUUUAUUUAUUUAUUUAUUCAUUGUACGAAGGAUAUACAGUUUACUAAGAUAGGUAAUGAGAAAAAAAAAAUGACGAAUGACUGUCAAACAACACAUCUAUGCAAUCAUACAUGAGUGUCAUUGUGUUUAUUAUCACUUUUCUUAUUGUUUAUUGCUUUUGUAAAAUAACUCAAUAUCAACUAAAAGUGUUAAUUUAGUAUGAAAUCGUUUUACAUAAUGAAACACUAAUUUUGUGAUGUCAGUUCGUGUACACUUUUGAUCAAAUAGUUCUGCAUAUAUUUAUAAAUUGACUUUGAUACUCAGCAAGACAUGAAUUCAAAUUUUAUAUAAAAUAGUUGUUGAUGAUUCUGUCGUAGAUUGAUAGUAAGUAAAAUUUCAUCGAUAGUGAUAGUAAUUAAAAUUUCAUCGAUAGUUUAUAUAUUAGCAUAAAAAAUGGAAUGCAAGUACAUGUAUUAGAAUAGUGUUUACUUCUAAUGAGUUUACAAUAUGAUAUUGCAUCUAAAUUGAAUUUUGGUCUGUAAAAAGUCAAGUAUGCUAUUUAUAUAUUUUUGUAAUGUGUACAUUCGCAAUUUAUAUCUAUGCAUUAAUGGUUGUUAUAUGUUAUAAACAGUUAACUUGUUAUAAACCUUUAACAUAAAACAUUCACAUGAAGUAUUUAUCCAUUGUAAAUUAUUUUCUUUCAUUUUUAUAACAGUUCAAAUGUUAUUGCUGGUAAAGAUCAUUCUAUUUGUUUGAUUGAUUAAAUUGGAUAAAUAUUUUAGUUCUUUUUUUUGUCUAACUUUUAUAUGAUUUUAACUUGCCCCUCGAAAAUUAAGUAUAUGUAUUAACUUAUUACAAUCUUUAAUCAAUGUUGUUAUAUGUCGAUAUUUUACAUCCUUAGUUAGCUUUCGUGAGAAAUUGUUACUUUGCCCUACUCAAUAAGUAGCAAUUAAUCAAACCAUGCAUAGUUUCCUUAUGAAUUUUAAAUCAUAGAAAUUGAUUUUUAAGGAAAAUAUAAACUUUGAUCCACAGUGUAUAUACAACAUUAUUAGAAAAGUAAUGUUCUUAACAGGUUUUUUUCUUUUCUUUCAAGCUAUAAAGUAACAUUUUUUUUUACAAAAUGAAGAUAUAUUUUUGUUAUUAGUUUUCACAUUUCAUUAAACAAAAUGAAAUUAGAAAGAAAUAUAAUCUCAAGAAAGUCCGACCUUUCAUGUUUAAAUUAUGUAGAAAGUAAUCUUUCCAUAAAUAGAAAGUUUACUGUUCUGUUUAUUCAACUUAAGGGAUUAAUGGUCGCUCUUAAACCUUUUUCAUAACCUUUACCGCGCUAUAUAUUUUAACUGGAUUUGCCAAUAUUUCACAUUCACCAUUUUCAAAGAGAAUUUUAAAACAAGAUCUGACUGAGUAGUGAAUAGAGCAGACCGUGAUUUUUGUCUGUACUGAUAUAUGUUGCUGACAUUUGACUAAAGGCUAAGUGGUCAGCGUCAGCGAUGGCACUUUUUUGUUCCUCUGUAUGUACUUGUAUUAUAAACACACUGUUAAAAAAGC